AUGCGCGAGCGAAUGAACACGCACUUCUCCUCUAACAUACACAUCUCAAUAUUCAUAAGGUCAAGACCGCGGUCGAUGAUGUAUCGGCCGUUGGAGUCCACCAGAGUCGAAGGGCACGGAGCUCCAAGUAACAUGAGUAAUUCGUUUCCCACAAAGCGACAGGCUGUCGAGAAUGUUCACUGGCAGGCUCCGGUCGUCAUGCUGUCCGCACUUGCGGCUGGAUUCGCCUUCUUCCUGGGCCAUCACUUCUUCUAUCUGUCGCUACACCACGUACCAACCAAGGAUGCAGCAUUCGAACAACAAGUCAACAUCGCCAUUGGCACGGCAUUUGCCUUCAUCGUGAGAAUGUUCCUCGCUAUUUCUGUUGCAACGGUUUUCUGGCAGCUGUUCUGGCACAACGUUCGAGCAAAAGAGACAACGCUGUCACGCAUUGACACACUGUCGUCGGUAUUAAAGAACGUUCUUGAGUUCCGACAUGUCAGGGCUAUUACUCAAUUUCCAGCUCCGUUCGCGAUAGCGGCAAUAGCAUGGUUGAUCCCGCUGGCGGCAAUCAUUCCACCAGCUUCAUUGACGGUGGAGUUGUCGCCCUAUCCUCAGCAGGAGAACCGCGUAACUUCCAUGUCCGUACCGGACUUCGCCAUGGAGAAAUUUGCUCAAAUGGCUCUCGAUUCGGGUGAGGGAAUCUCGACACCAUUCUACAAAGCACCCCGUUUUGGAGUUCAGCAGCUCGUAAACACGGUGGCCACCUUGGGCUCCCUCUUGGACUUUCCUGCGCCCGCGGUGAACUCAUCGUACAGUUUGAAUUUCUAUGCUCCUGCGCUGCAUUGCGCCGAAUACGACGAUACGGUUCGCAAGGCCGUUUUCAAGCAGAUGUCAAAAGAAGUGAAGUGUGAUAUAUCUGCCGAGCAAGGGACGAGAAACGGCCAAGCGGAAGAGAGCAGCUGUGACUAUAAUCCCAUUUAUCUGUCCUGGGUUCCAGACUACACUCAUCACGUCAGCUCGUAUAAUGUUACUAUGAGCGAUAUGUUUGGCGCAGGUGGAACCUUUGAUUUCAAGAAUACCAUUGGCCAAUACGGAGAACUCCCUGGUGAGGAGCCCGCGUCACUCGCGGUCGGUGUGCAGUCGUAUUCGCAGGCCAUGUAUACCGACCAGCCGUGGACAGUCAUUAAUUGUUCGCUACACAACGCCACUUACACCGUCCAUGUUAACGUCACGGGCGGAGCGCAAGACGUAGAGGUUGUGGCUCGGACGUUGACAAACCCCGUUGGCUACUUGCCCAACGCAACCGUGGACAGUAGCACAUCGGAAGACUCGCAAUUCUCUACAUUCCACCGCGAUCUCACGCGCCUCGCCUACUACUCGCUUCUGGAUGCCCUCGGUCGCCUGCUCGUCGGCCAAAUGGCUUCAUGGAGCGACUACGACAUAGUCCAGCAAACGGUUACUCAAACGUCCGUCAUGACCACCGAUCUGGUUGACUCGGUCGAGCUCAGCGGUCUCUACCGCGCGAUGGAAUUUUGCAGCAUGGGCGCAAACGCCAGUACCUGCUUUGACAAGGAAGGCGGACCGAACCUCACCGCCCCCUCGACGCGCCCCUUGUCCGCGGCCAUGGAGCAGCUGUUCGAGAACAUGACACUCAGCCUCUUCAGCGACGCGCGCUAUCUCACCAGCCCAGAGUCAGAGAAGUCACCGAAAACAAAUGUAACUGUCCUGUUGCCGCAGAACCGCUACGUUUACACGCGGUGGCGCCUCAUCGCGCCAUAUACUACUGCUGUGGCGCUCAGUCUACUCGCUUGCUUAGUAGGUCUGUGGGCGUUCUAUUCGAAUGGCGCGUCAUACAGUGACAGAUUCUCGACCAUUCUACUCAUGACGCGGCAGGCGAAGCUGGGAGGGGAAUUCGAGAAUGAACGGAAGAACCUAGUGGGGGCAGAUCCGCUGCCUCCAAAUCUAGGUGUUGCGAAGGUUUGGAUUGGAGAAAAGGAUGCAAAGCUCGAGAUGAAUGGGGGUGAGGGUGGUGUUGAACUUGGGACAAUCAAUCGUGUAGCGAAAGUGCCGUUGGCUGCGGAGUAUCAAGUUGGACGGAGGAGCGUGUCUCCAUUAGCUGGUCCCGGCAACAGGUAG